AUGGCGGGCAGUGGCUCUGAGCUUGAGGCUUCGGGGCUCGCCACCACUCUACAAGGGCAUGUGGACGAUAUUCGCGCCCUGAUCCAGUGUGGGAUUUGCAUCCGGCCUCUCUACGAACCGUUUACCCUUGCCUGCGGACACACUUUUUGCUACACCUGCCUCUCAUCAUGGUUUUCCGGUGGACGAUCCAAGCGCACAUGCCCGGACUGCCGGGCACCCGUCAAUACACAGCCCGCGCCGGCGUAUCUUGUUCGAGCAAUGGUGCAGAUGUUCACAGGCCGGGCCGAGCUUUUGGACAAAGGGGAGACGACCGCAGAACACUCGAAAAACCAACAAGAUGAGGCCGACAAGCUGGACCAAGACAAAGCAAAUACCCACCCCAGCAGCGGUGGCUUGUUUGGGGGGUUGUUUAAGCCAAAGGCCCCUGCCCUCAAACCAGUUGUUGAUAUUGAAGACGGAGUAAUGCGUUGUCCACACUGCAAUUGGGAACUCGAAGAUGACGAGAUCUGUGGCGGCUGCGGAUGGUACUAUCGACCCGACUCGGAUCAAAUGACCGACUACUCCGAUGACUACAGCGACGGGGACUCGAUGGAUGAUCUAGAAGGCUUAGACUCACUGGAUGAUGAGUUUGAGGACGAAGAUGACUUCGGCGAUCACCCAUUUCCACAUCUUCCGUUCUUUGGGCCAGGAGCGGGCCCCCUUCGAAUUAUCCGUGGCGACUCGGCUACGCUUCCUCAUCAUAUUCAUGGUAUGAUCCACCCGGGUGAUAUCCCAUUGGAAUACUUCUACGGCGACGGCGACUCUCUCGCUACCGGUAGGGAUGUCAACGAUUGGACAAGUGAGCAGGACGAGGAAGAUGACAUGGGCUCCUUCAUCGAUGACGAUGAGCAUGGGACUUCUAGUCAGGCUGACAACUACGACUCAGACCCAUCCACGGUGGUGGGUGAGCCUCGUGCUUCAAGUCAGAAUCCUGGACAUUUGCGAGCGUACACAAUUGAUGCGGUUUUGACGGAUGAUUCGGAAGACGACGAUUAUGAGAGCGAAAUCGACCCCGACUCUCAGACACGACGAGAAGGGUCAUUCACACCGGUAUCCAGCAGCAGUCCUGUCAAUCCUGUCUAUUAUGAAACAAGAUCUUCACUGGGUCAAUCGGAAGCCGGCACGACGGAUGUUUCUCGUCUGGACGAAGAACCCGUGGGUUCAUCAGAGGAUGAUGACGAAAGCGACUCGGAUGCUUCCAGCUCGCCUCCUCCAAGGCGCAUGCAGCGAUCCGGAGAUACUGGAACCUCUGCACGCAAUGCGAUUGCCAUUGACGAUUCCGACGACGAGGAUGACCAGCCCGUCGGCCCUGUGAGAAGAGCGCAGCGGCGCCGGCCCAGGUACUCUCCAUACUAA